UGCAAUGAGAGAGAGUGCGGUAAAGUCCGGGGCCGGGGCAAGCGAGCUGAACUUGUUCAUUUCAAGUUCGAGGCUGUACGGAAGAUCAUCCGAGGAGGGGGCGUGGGGGCGUCUGUUGUUUCUGAGUUGUGUAGCCGGGCUUUGCACAAGAAGGACGCCAACAGGCUGCGGGGCGGCUUCAUUGCGCAGUCUGUAUUUACAUACACAAAUCUCGUGCUGGGGCUCCGCACCGCUGUUGCAGCAGCCGCCGCCACCCCGCCGGCAGAUUUGCCACGCCGAUCCCUGGCUGCCAACCGCCCCUGCCACCGCCCGGCCUAUCGUGGACAUGUCCUACGCACGCCACUUUCUGGAUUUCCAGGGCUCCUCCAUCGCCAAGUUCAUGCAGAAGCUGGUGGUGACCCAGCUGAGCCCAAACUUCCGAGAAGCAAUUACCCUUCUUCGGGAUUCCCCGGUGCCCCUCCCAGGGGACGGAGACCUCCUCGUCAGAAACAGAUUUGUUGGUGUUAAUGCAUCUGACAUAAACUUCUCAGCUGGCCGCUAUAACACUUCAGUUAAAGUCCCAUUUGAUGCAGGUUUUGAAGGUAUCGGUGAGGUAGUAGCCUUAGGCCUUACUGCUAGUGCCAAAUACACAAUUGGCCAAGCUGUGGCAUACGUGACACCUGGUUCUUUUGCUGAAUAUACAGUUGUGCCCGCCAAAAUUGCAAUUCCAGUACCCUCUGUGAAACCUGAGUACCUUACCUUGCUUAUAAGUGGCACUACCGCAUACAUCAGUCUAAAGGAGCUUGGAGAAUUGUCCGAAGGGAAGAAAGUUUUGGUGACAGCCGCAGCUGGGGGGACUGGACAGUUUGCCGUGCAGCUUGCAAAGAAGGCAAAAUGCCAUGUAAUUGGAACCUGCUCCUCUACUGAAAAGUCUGUUUUUUUGAAAUCUAUUGGCUGUGACCUUCCCAUCAACUAUAAGAGUGAGAAUGUUGGUGCUGUCCUUAAAAGGGAGUACCCAGAAGGUGUGGAUGUAGUAUACGAAUCUGUUGGUGGAGAGAUGUUUGACUUGGCUGUCAACGCCUUAGCUAUCAAAGGGCGCUUGAUAAUUAUUGGGUUUAUCUCUGGCUACCAAACUCCUACCGGCCUUUCGCCCAUUAAAGCAGGGACUUUGCCAAGUAAACUACUGAAGAAAUCCGCCAGUGUCAAAGGUUUCUUCUUGAACCAUUACUUUUCUGAAUACCAAAAGGCCAUGGACCACUUGCUCAAGAUGUAUGAAAGUCAAGAACUGGUUUGUGAGGUGGACCUUGGAGACUUGUCUCCAGAGGGCAAGUUUACUGGCUUGGAGUCUGUAUUCCGUGCUGUAGAUUACAUGUACAUGGGAAAAAACACUGGAAAAAUUGUAGUUGAAUUACCUCACUCUGUCAACAGUAAGCUGUAAAAACAAAACAAUGAUAUAAAUCAAAAGAGAAAGAAAAUGGGCACUUUAUGCCCCAGAAUUACUAAACACAAUUCAUUUUAGUUGGUAAUGGAUAGAAUAUUUUUUUAAAAAGCAAUAAGGUGUUAAUGAACAGGUUUCUCUCUUUUUCUCACUUAAAGGAGUUCGAAUAAAACGUGUCAUGUCAGUGGCUGAGAAUAUUAAGUGCCUGCAUUGAUUGCUUAGCUUUCAUACUUACAAUCUUGACCAGUUUCAUACCAGAUUCUUCAUUUGUUCUGGGAAUCUAUUGAUUCCUGAUGCACAGUCUCCUCUAAUCAGUGUUUCUUCAACUUGCUGAGAUUUUAAAAACAAUUUUGAAAACAUUAGAUUAUUUUUUCCUUUUAUUUUCCUUAGGUGCCAUUUAACAUUCAUGGAAUGCUCUAUACAUAGGGGCAGUUGUAGGCAAAAACCACUCUGCCCUUGAGAGUCACUAAUACUGGAGAAAGAGAAAAAAAGUUUUUAACAUUGUAGAAAUUGAUAAAUAAAAAAAAUGAUUCAGAUAUAAAUUUGGAGAUUCUCAAGGAAAAGGAAACUGAUUAUCUUACUAAUGAAUACAUGUAACCACAAGUGUCCUUCUGAAGUAUAGCAUAGUAUUAUUUUCUACACUUAACCUGAAGGUGUUUGGAAGGGGAAAUUUCACUUUUAGAAAAUAGCUUUGAAAAUUCAUUAUAAGGGACAUAUUCUGUAGAAUUACAAGAAAAAUAAAAGGAUCAUAAGAUUUUGUAUUCACCAGAAGAAAACGUGGUGUGUGUACAGCAAGCAUUUAAAUGAUGACAGGAUACAGAAAACACAAGGGGAAAAAUAAUGUAGAUAAAAAAACAGUCAAUAGCAGUGGAUUUUUUUUUUGUUGGGCAUAAAAGUAUAUUAAAGAGUUGUGUGUAUAAUAGGGACUUAAAUGAUCAAAGAUAAUUUGUUUAAGAGCAUAAUUUACCACAUGUUGGCAGGGGGAUUAAAUCAUAAUAUUGCCAAUAAGACAAACACAUGAAGCUGUGAUCAGUAACUGGUCCUGUCUGUUCUGGUAGCCCAAAAUGCCAUUUUUUGAUAUUAGUAAGAAGGGAUAGAUCCUUCCACUCACCACCAGCACUUUACUGCAGCCACCUACCUCUUAUGGCAAGUAACAGUGGAUGUGAUCAGAAGCUGGUUAUGUACUUCUCUUCUAAAUCAUAUAUGUCUGGAGCUCAUGGACUUGCCUUUACCUUCAACACACUAAUGAACUUGCUUCUAAUUUAAUUGUUGUGCUGGAAUUUCAGAAUGCCUUUCCAGAAUACGGUAGAUCUCUACCAAGUCAUCAUAAUUUUUUUUUUUAAAGUAUGGUAGUCAAGUGUAACUGUCAUAUCAUAUGCAGUAUAAUUAAAGUUGCUCAGGGAAAAGUUUGUAACUAUAUUUGAAAAUAUUAUUUUCUUUCCUUCAAUCUGAGGAGGAAUGAAAUUCUCCUGCUGAAUGGCUGUUAGUAUCUAUUUUACAAGAUUUACUCAUUUUCAGGUACCUAAUGUAGCUGCUAGCAUGCAUGCACAACAAUACAAUUUAUAUGGUAAAUGGAACCAAAUAAUGGCUUCACUGAAUGUUAUGGCUGCACUGAAGGGAAAUGUCACGGUAAAUAGCUGCCAAAUUAUGGAUCACGCCGAAGUGUCACAACUGCACUAAAGACAAAUAGCACUAGAGGCUAUUGCCACUGUGACGCUUUUGAGUUAUGAAGAAGAGGAGCAGCCUCAUGUGAGGUUCUUUGUGUGCUCAUUAUAGCAAAGGGUUACUGGUGCAAUGUACAAGGAAACCCCAUCCAAUGUGGAGGUUGGUUAUUAAUCUGUCCCUUUCAGAUCUAACAGCUGAAGCAAAACGGAAAGAGUCUCUGCUUUCUUUGCUUUUAGACACACAAACAAAGGGGGGAAAAUGCAGGUUUUAUGAAUGUAAAUGUGUACAGGAAAUGACUGGUGAUGGAAAAAUGUUGUAAUAAAAUAAUCUAAUCAAAGAAUAUUAUUAAAUUUAACGUAGUAUGUGUCUGAAAGGUUUAGUUGCUUCUUAUGCAGAUAGAUGUGUGAAUAUAAGCAAUAAUGCACUUUCUCCCUUUGUAAAGACUUGAGUAGUAAGGACAUUACCAACUAAAUUGCUUCUUCUAAACUGAA